GGGCCGCGGUGCAUGCGCGGCCGCUCCCUGCGCAUGCGCGCUGACCGUUGGCUGAGGCGGUGAGGGGAGGCGGCGGUGGUCCUGCGGGCAGCCAUGAGCGGGUUCGGGGCUGCGGCGCCGCUUUCUGGUUCCUCGGCUCCGGCGGGGGUCCGGAGCGGCAGCAGUGACAGCCUGGAGAAGAUCGACAUGUCCCUCGAUGAUAUAAUUAAACUGAAUAAGAAAGAAGAGAGAAAACAGUAUUCCCCCAAAAUGAAAAGAGGGCUUCAGCAGAAUCGAACUCGACAGUUCAGAACACCAGGCUCCAAGUGGGGAAUCCAGCAGCAGAAAGGUUAUGGUAAAAAUCGUUUGGGACGCAGAAAGAAGAUAGCAGGGAAGAAGCGUUCUUACGGAGUUAUAACUGGCUUGGCAGCCAAGAAGGCAAUGGGAUCACGCAAAGGAAUUAGUCCUCUGAACAGACAGCCACUUAGUGAGAAGAAUGCACAGCGGAAUUACCCAGUUUUGAAAAAGAAAACAAACCUGCAGAGACAAUCUGAAAUGCAGAGAAAACAAGCUCCAGCCCUCAGGAGGCCUGCCCCGCUAAACAGAAGGAAUAACAUGCCAUCCACUUUUGCCAGAAUUGGAAACAAACUAAAUCAGCAGAAAGACACUCGUCAAGCAACCUUCCUGUUUAGAAGGGGCCUGAAGUGCAGCUGGACUGUUCAGAGGGGCAUGGAACUUGUCAGAGUGCUUGAGGGUAGUUGCAAGGUGGCUGCUGUCUUCCAUCCACAUGGAUUGCAGAAUUACAGGCAGGAUCAGGAGGAAGAAAAGCAAGCUUUGUGGCGUAUUGGAUAUUAUGUGCAGGCCCAAGUGCAGUCAACAGAUGAUCUUGAUAAUCAGACAGUAAAGAGAACUCGUCAAUGGCGAACUUCUACCACAAGUGGAGGGAUUCUGACUGUAUCCAUUGACAACCCAGGAGCAAUCAUAUCCCCAAUUUCCCAGAAAUUACGAUUAACUUGUACUCCUGUGCCACCAUUUCUGAUGAAGAGGGACCAAUCUGAAGAGAAGAAGAUUCCCAAAGGGGUUCCAUUGCAGUUUGAUAUUAACAGUGUUGGAAAACAGACAGGAAUGACAUUGAAUGAACGUUUUGGGAUCUUGAAGGAGCAAAGAACAGCACUCUCUCAGAACAAAGGAAGCCGUUUUGUAACAGUGGGCUAGCCUGACAGAUGGACUUGAGCACUGAUCCCACCUGCCUAAGAAACUGAUAUAAAAGUGGGCAGAACAAUACAGCAUACGUCACUGAAAUUCUCCAGACUUCUUGUUAAGAUGGUGGCAGAGCUAUUUAUCUUUAUUACUUUUACUUUGAAUGGUAAAAGACAUGACACCUUGGGGGGGGGGGGGGAAUGGGGAGACUGCUGGAGUGGCACCAUCACCUAGUUGGAAAAGAUUCUGUUGCCCAGCUGAUGACUAACACUGAUUUUGGUUCAUCUUGCAACCAAAACAAAACACAAAUUUUAAAAGUUGCUCUUUUUUUGUCUAGGAGUGCUCAGUAUCUGUUCUUCGACCCCUUUGUUAUGGUAAAGAUUGUGUGUUUCAUUACAAACCCUCUUUUAGGGUUUUUUUAGGGACUGCAUAUGAACUUUCCUUUGGACUGCAGUUUGGCACAGAGCCUCAGUCCAUGAAUACAUUGGUAGUGAUGUAGCGGCGUUUUUCAUGGGAGCAUUGGUUGUACUUCUUUGUGCUUUUGAACUUCAAUUUUUUUCCUUUCUUGAAAACUAAGUGUUUUACAUCCUCACUUUCAGAAAUAAAGCUGUUAGCUGAGACCCAAAAUAUGUAACCAGAAAGGAGACUAUUCUACUCUUAUCCUUAAAAGUGGUCCAGAUCAUACUGGAAAAAUACUUACUCUCAUAAUACCCAGGCAUUUAUAUUAGAAAUAGCUCAAGUUCCUCAUCGUCCCCUGUAAAUGGAGUAUGUCUGUCUCCUGUUUUUUCCUAAACUUCUGCUUUCUAUUUCUUUGUAAGUUUUUCACAAACUUAAUGCAAUAACUUCACAUUUUUUAAUAAUUUCAUAGGAAUAAAUACAACAGUUCACAAGAAAGUCAGUGGUAUGGUAGAGUUCCUUACCCUCCCAGACAUAAGAUUCUCAUCUUGCAUACCUUGCCCCAGAGGGUUUUCUCUGGCUUUUAGAAAUAGCUAGAGGCAAGCGAUCUAAUGGCACUUGUUUGUAUAUACCAAAGAGAGGUAAGAGUGAAGCUCAUCAGAAGCGGUCAGACAUCUUGAAAUUGGCUGAAACUGGGGAACUUUGCUGGAAAAAAGCCCCGUUUGCCUGCAUGUGCGAGGCAUUAAGCAGGAGCAUGUAGUCACUUGCUUUAAGCUUAGCUUUGUGCAUUAGAAGCUGCAGGAUGGUAACAACUGGGGCAUCCUCAAUGUGAAUUUAUAUGAUCCCUAAAACUGAGGCACCUAUUCAGACUUGCUUCCAGACCAGGAACUGAUGAAUUUAACACUGUUCUAUAGCAAUGAGAUUUAGGUACAGUCAGGUAAAAGAAUGAUUGAUUUGCUUGCUGCAUCCAGAAAUGUUUAUGGUGUUUGAAGUGGGUUUCAUUCCUUUUAUUGUUUUUGAAGAAUUUAUAUUUGACUUCUUACAGAGUUGGUUUCCUUGCAUUUUUAUCUCAAAUUCCAAGUUAGCUAGCGUUUACCAGGAUCUUCAAUGUUGAAGAGCGUUUGACAGUAGAAGGGCUUUUGUUUGUAUAGCAGUUUUAAAGUCAGAGUGCAUCCUGAUGCUAUAUAGUACUUAAACCCUUAUUUUUAAUGUUGAAAAAUAUACCUUAGCAGAAGCAAACUAAAUGUAAUGGUGUUAAGGUUUUCUUAAUUAUUAGUAGGAAAUAUUUUUUUGGAAAAAACGUCCCACUUGUUAGAAUUUGAGUAGAUAAAUUGUUGUCAGUCAUCCUGUUUCAGUGUAUACAUUUUCCAUGUGCCAGGAUGCAACAAAAAAAUUCUUUUGCAUCAACAUAGAUGCAAAACAUUGAUGCAAUGCAUCAAAAAAUGCUAGUUUGUAUUUAAUGAGAAGAUGCUUUACACUGUACCUUUUGGUAUUUUUUGGAGAAGUUAUUACAUUUGAUCUAUUCUGAAGCUGUUAUGUUUUUUUUUUUAAUAAAAAGUUACAGGUUUUA